UGCGUGAACGUCUCCGCCGCCUCCGUUUCUUUCUCUUUCUCUUACCGACCAGUCUUACGCUUUGGCCCUGUCCUAGGAGCCUGCACCAGUCUUGACUGUCACUUCGCCCGAGAGAGCUGAAGAAGGGUGGGCUGCCACGGACACAGUUAGCGAUUUUUUUUUUCUUAUUUUGUUUUGUUUGGCAGAAAGUGAAGGAGGCUUUUUGCUAGCGAGGUGUGCGAUGUUGAGGCUGAUCUUCUUGGCCGCCCUCGCCGGGUUCACCCGGGCCAGUGAUGUGCUGGAGUACACGGAUGACGAUUUCGAAAGCAAGAUCGGAGACCAUGGACUCAUUCUUGUUGAAUUUUUUGCGCCUUGGUGUGGCCAUUGUAAGCGGCUAGCACCUGAGUACGAGGCAGCCGCCACACGUCUGAAAGGCAUCGUGUCUCUGGCCAAGGUUGACUGCACAGCUAACAGCAACACAUGCAGCAAAUAUGGUGUCAGUGGCUACCCGACCCUGAAGAUCUUCAGGGAUGGAGAGGAAUCCGGUCCCUAUGAUGGUCCCAGAACUGCGGAUGGGAUUGUCAGCUUCCUUAAGAAGCAGGCUGGCCCAGCUUCUGUGGAACUCAAGGCUGAUGCAGACUUUGAGAAGUUUAUUGCAGACCAAGACGCAAGUGUUGUUGGGUUCUUUGCUGAUGACAAGAGCACAUCACAGGCAGAGUUCCUGAAGGCAGCCAGCGCCUUGAGGGAAAACUAUCGCUUCGCCCACACCAACUCUGAAGCUCUCCUCCAGAACCAGGGUGUUGACGGAGAGGGUGUCAUCUUGUUCCGCCCACCACGCCUUAACAGCAAGUUUGAGGACAGCUUAGUCAAAUUCACAGAGGACAAAUUCACCAGCAACAAAAUCAAGAGGUUCAUCCAGGACAACAUCUUUGGGAUCUGCCCCCACAUGACAGACGACAACAAAGACCAGCUGAAGGGGAAAGACCUGAUGGUGGCUUAUUAUGAUGUAGACUAUGACAAAAACCCCAAGGGCUCCAACUACUGGAGGAACAGGGUGAUGAAGGUGGCAAAGAGCUUCCUGGAUCAGGGCAAGAAGCUGAACUUUGCUGUGGCCAACAAGAACAUGUUCAGCCACGAUGUGUCUGAGUUCGGCCUGGACGGCAGCUCAGGAGAGUUGCCUCUGGUGGCCAUCCGCACUGUCAAGGGAGACAAAUACAUCAUGACUGAGGAGUUUUCUCGUGAUGGGAAAGCUCUGGAGCGUUUCCUGCAGGACUACUUCGAUGGCGCUUUGAAGCGCUACCUCAAAUCAGAGCCCAUCCCAGAGAACAACGAUGGACCCGUCAAGGUGUUGGUGGCUGAGAACUUCGACGCCAUCGUCAACGACGAGAGCAAAGACGUGCUGAUCGAGUUUUACGCUCCGUGGUGCGGACACUGCAAGAACCUGGAGCCCAAAUACAAAGAGCUGGGAGAGAAGCUGGCUGACGAUCCCAACGUUGUCAUUGCCAAGAUGGAUGCCACAGCCAACGAUGUGCCAUCUCCAUAUGAAGUCAGCGGUUUCCCCACAAUCUACUUUUCCCCAGCUGGACGUAAGAUGAACCCAAAGAAAUACGAGGGAGGUCGUGAGGUGAGCGACUUCAUCUCCUACCUGAAGAGGGAGGCCUCCAACCCCCUGGUGAUGCAGGAAGAGACCAAGAAGAAGAAGAAGAAGAAGGACGACAAGAUAGAGCUAUAAAAGCUCCACACAGGAACUCAACACACCCCCUACCCCCCACCCCAGCCCCCCACCAUGACAGGAGGAGGAUUGGGGAAAUCCAUGCAGAGAAAGAACUAAAUUAUAUUCUACUCUUAGUGAACCACCGAAUGCUCUGAAGCCAAGUCAAAAAGACGUGGCCCCCCUUUUAGGUCCUCCGCUGCUCUGGGAAAACUGUGGAAGGUGGAAAGGUGGUGGCCAGGGCCUGCCUGAUGUUUAAAAACAAAAACCAAUUUUUAGGGAAGAGGGGACAGCUUUUGAAAAAUUGAGAUUUUUAUUUCCCCCUGGUCUGAAUACUACACCUCAGGCGGAUGCACUUUGGUUUGACACCAGUCUCUUGUCAUCUGUUGCUUUGUUUUUUGUUUUGUUUUUUUAUGUCAUCGUCACAGGGGAUAAUGGUAAUGGUGAAUUCCUUUUUUCUUUUUUUUUUAAUUUUUU